AUUUUAUUUAUUCUUAUCUAUAUAUAUUAAGAUAUAGUAAAAUCCAAAAAACCUUUUUUAAAAUAAACAUUAAAUGAACUAAAUUUUAGUCUUACAAAUAUCAAUUCAAAUUAUGAAAAUAUGAAUGUUACUGAGAAUAAUAAAUGCCCAAUAAUAUAUUCAAUAAAGACUUCUAGCAAUAAAAAUGUUAAAGAUACCUCUGACUAAUGAUAUGAACCUUUAUAAUGACAAGGAGCUAUACUCGCAUAAGCAUAUUCAUGGAUAUAUUGAACAGGGUGAUGAUAAUGUAAUUAAUGAUAGAAAAUUGACAUCAUUGGUCCUGGAGACUCCUAAAAUUAAUUUACAAAAUGUUUAUGAUAGUAAUAAAACUUUACUAAAAACAAAAUUAUCAGGAUCAUCACAUGUUACUCGCCAUAAUAAGAAAAGUUCUAAAGAUUUAUCAUUACUUGAUAACUUAAAAAAGGAUUUGCUCGACCCAUCUUCCCAAAUUCAGCCUUUCAUCAUCGAAGCGGCGCACGACAAGUUUGAUCGCAUCAAGAAUAGAAAGAGGUCCAAAUUACCCCAAGGCGAUCUUCCUAUCACGGGCACAUUAACUCUCGAUAAGCUCCCAUUAAUUAAUCGUUCUCCGAAAUCCCUCACGAAUAAGGUGAGCACGGAUAGCAAGGUUAUAUCCGCGGAGAUGAUAACCCCUCCUAAUCCUCUCCCUCGGUUAAAAUCCGUCAAUACGAAGCCCAAAUGUCGCAACGCCUUGAAAAGACGAGAGCCCGCCAGGUUCAGGAACCUACCGGUGGGCCUUAAUUUAAAAACCCUGAUAAACUUGACCACGUGGCACAGACUCGAUAGCCUCGGUCACGAUAUGAAUCCGCUUGUAUCGUUGCUGCCUCUUUUGGAUAGAGCAGCUUUCGAGACGAAAACAGGUUCUAACCGGCGUAACUUGGAACCGGGCUUAAAUCCCCCAUCGCCACUUUCGGUCUUGAAUAACGAGUUUUUGAGUGCAUCCUUAUCUGAGUACCACAAACGAAGAAGGUUUUUAUCACCCUCAGUCAUCAGAAGCCGAUCGAUCAAAAGGAAACACCCGAUAUUAGCCACUUCAAAGAAUUUGGAUCUAGAUUCCAAUAAGAACCAGGUAACUGCUACCAAUAAAGGUCAUAAAAAUGAUGUUGGCUUGGAUAGAGCAUCAUCUAAACAUGUCGGAAGGCCUUGUAAGGGAGAAGGGAGGAGUGUGUCACGGGAAUUGCUAGAUAAUCAAAUACUUUGUUCUCCCAAAACUGAUUUAAAGGCCCUGAUAAACACGCACGCGUGGGAGAAGCUAGAAAAGUGUGGGCAAAAUAUGACCCAUCUGACAUCCCUUCUGCCUUCAACGGAUCGAGCGCUAUUCGCCGCCGCUCAAAAACCCAAAGAUACCAUAAACAAGUCUUCGGUCCUAAACAACGCAUUCCUAAGCUCAUCGUUGGUCCAGUGGAAGUCUAAUCGCGCAAGACUAGAGGACAAGAUCAAGAUGUCUCCCAACAACAAGGAACGCCGUUGCCAUACUACAACUUCUUUUCCUUCUCAAAAAACGAACUUACCUAAUGAUCACAAAAAUAUUGUUGCUCAAAUCUCUCUUAAAGAAGUGGAUACGUUUUGUAGGGUAGUCAUAAAGGAUUCGGCAGGGGAUCAAUUCGCCGAAAACAAGACUUUCGAAGGUUUAACGACGGAAAACGCUUCGCCUUUUAAAGGGACUGAUUCCAUUGGUGAACAGGGAAGAAGCAUGUUUACGCGCAGGCUAAAAAAGAAAUACGACGCCGAGAGACAAAAAGGAUGCUUACUAGCAACGACAGAUCCCUUUGCCGGGAAAGUGGACGGCAAUUUAGGGGAAGAAAUCAACAUUUCAGACAGCGACCAGGAAAAAUGUUCGACAUUUUUAAUAGGAAAUUCUGUCCCUGCACAAAAUAGUUCCUCCUACGAUAACGACAUAGCUAUUAAACCACCCUCUAAAAAAGUCCACAAGUCCUGCCGCCCCGCUUCUCAUCAACGCCACAAUUCUCCUCAUAUUAGACAUACCGAUCAUAAUUACAACGUUUUCAAAGUAAAAAAACCGGUCAAAAGUAUUAAAACCCCCGUUAAAAAAAUUAUGAAAGAUGAUGACAAAAAUCUCGACAUCGCGGAAAAGUCGGAAGAAGAAAAGGAAAUUGAAAUUAUUGCCCAUAUAGAACGUAAAGCUAUCGACGAAACGCUUCUUCGGCAGACGUCUCUCCUGACUUUCCCCGAUAACAUAGUGUCUUCCAAUAACGAAACCGACACAUAUUAUUGUAAUAGUAAUACGGUCUGGAAUGGACUCCUUACACCCUCCACCAUCUUUAUUCCCACGAUAUCUACCGUUCCGAAGGUUGUUAUGGCAAAGCCACCCCAAAACGAUAAUGAUAGCACGUUAUUUAGCGAUAAAAUAGCAAAUUUUCAAUUCAUCAUUCCCAAAAUUUUAUUGUCGCACCACCCCGAGUUGGCAGGGCAAAGCGGUGCCUCGAUGGUUAAACUGAAACCUAUCCCGACAGUUGACAAGGUUGAUUUACCAUCGUUGACACCUGUUAAAAGUAAAACGACUAAGAAAUCGGCCAGCGACGACAAGAACCCUAAGAAAUCUAAAUCAAAACCUAAACUCAAGGGCAAGGAAUUAUCGGCGAAACCUAUUUCUACGAAUCAUGCCAACACCACCAAAUCGUACGAUUUGCUUAGGGCCAUCAAACCUAAUUUCAUAACGAAUACGCUAAACCUUCUCGAGCCGAUAUCACUAGCCCCGGGAGUUACUAGUUCCCAUCCGGCCCACAAUGUACCCUCUUACGAAACGCUCCCCAUACGCUUAGUUUUCGCGCCCAAACAAAACGUCCUAACUACCGCAAACUCAUCUCCGUCAAUCAUUAGCAUUAAUAAUGGUUCCCUCUCCCACAGUGAUAAUUCCAAUACUGUCCACGGUACUAACGACGCUGUUAGCCACGGACCAAGUUUCUGUGCAAACGGCCCUUCUAUCAUCACCACCUCCGUCUUUUCAGAAAAUAAUAAGUCCCGACGCUACACCUACAACAGAUCUAACACCGUUUCCUCUCGUCGUUAAC